GUUCAGUUUACAUGAAGGUUACAAAUGUACGUUAUUUAUUUAUUUAAUUCUAAUUGUUCAAUCGGUAUUAAUUAUUAAGAUAAUGAUUAAGAAUGGCACACUUCCUGUCCAGCCGACCUCACACCUCCAGAAUUAACUGUCUGUUUCCGGUCCAUUCACGGUUCCCAAUGAACUACAAACCAUAUUUCAAACUGAUGUAGGAACCGUGUCCGAAUCACUCUGUAACUACCCUUUCUACCAGCACACGGUUAUUUGUUUUCAGCAAUUAUAACCGAAACUGAGCCAUGAUCUGGCAACCCUGCUGUCUGAUCUAUAAUCACCUCCCUGUAAAAUCUCUCCUCCAUACGGACAUUAAGUUUCGUUUUCAGGGAAACAGAACUCAGACACACCUUUAUUUGCUUUUCCAGCUUGUUCAACUCUCACAUCUUGACUUUCCUCUGAGAAUAAGUUUAACUUUUUAUCACUGCCAUUUUUUUUUUACACACACACACACACACACACACACACACACACAUACCAUGGCACCAUGGCGUCCUAUCUGGAAGAAGAUCUGUCAUGUCCAGUGUGUUUAGAGAUUUAUAAGGAUCCUCAGUUCCUCUCCUGUGGACACACUUUCUGCCGCAGAUGUCUCGGAUAUCAACAAAAUGUUUUCUCCGCCUUUUCCACUCGAACAUGUCCCGUGUGUCAGAGGGAAAUACACCAGGAACCUGUUAGCAACCUGGCUCUGAGGAAGACUUGUGAGUCCUAUCAGAGGGAGAGGAAGAAGGAGAAGGAGAAGGGGAAUGAAGAGAGGGAGGAAGACAGUGGGAUUAAAUGUCUAAUGCACGGAGAGAAACUCCUGUUUUUCUGCAGGGACCAUGAAGUGGCCAUAUGUUCUCAAUGCAGGAAACAGAGUCACAUGUCACACAGCGUUCAACCGCUUACACACACUGUACGCCAGCGAAAGGACCAAAUCAAAGCCGCGCUCCGUCCAGCGGAGAAAGUUCUGGAGUGUUUAAGGAACGGCACGGCACUGGAGCGUAAAGUCACCAAAUACAUCGAGUCUCAGGCCGAGCAGACGGAGAAGCAUAUGAAGGAGGAGUUUGAUAAGCUUCAUCAGUUCCUCAGAGAGGAGGAGGAGGCCAGGAGAGCUGCGCUGAGAGAGGAAGAGAAGGAGAAGAAAGGAAAACUAGAAGGAUGGAUCGAACAAGAGUUACAGUCCCUCUUUGAUAAACUGAUAGAGGUGGAAGAAGAGAUGGAGAACGAUGAUGUCACGUUCCUAGCGAAUUAUGACCACAUAAUGACACGGGCUCGGUACAGACCGUCAGAUUCACAGCUGAACUCAGGAUCUCUGAUCGAUGUGGCCAAGCACGUGGGAAAUCUGAGAUUCAGAGUGUGGGAGAAGAUGAAAGAUCUCUGUCCUUACUACCCAGUAGUCCUCGACCCAAACUCCUCCCUCAUCUCUGUAUCUGAUGAUCUGGUGUGUGUGAGCCGCUCCAUUCGCAGGUUUUACUCCCCCAGCCCCCUACAGAACAAAGAUAUCCAUUUGGUUCUCGGUUCGGAGGCCCAAAACGCUAGCUUCAACUGCUGGGACGUGGAGGUGGGAGACAGCAAGCACUGGACCCUGGGUGUGUGUCGACGCUGGGCAGCUGAGAGAAACCGCACGCAACCACUGACCCCUCAAAAUGGGUUUUGGGGCCUCAGUAGAAACGGCGAUUUCUAUAAUGCCUUGUGGUCCGCAGAGGCUCCAUUUCGGUUAAGGAGGCCUCCAAAAACGGUGCGAGUGAAGCUGUAUCAUCGUCUCAACCUCAACAACGAUCAACUUUACUGGAUGCUGAGAUUUUUAGACGCUAGAAAUGAAUCUGCGAUCGCUUGUAUUCGUGAUGUAGCCUUCGGGAAGGAUUUGUUUCCCUUUCUGAUCCCAGAGGAGAGAGACGCUCCCCUGUGCAUUGUCCCUGUAAAUAUAAACAUGACCACGGAGAAGAAAUUCAGCUUCUUUGAGAGGCACGUGGACAUGAUACCUUUAUAUGUAAUCGCAUUCCUCGUAGUGCUUUUGAUGCUGUUGGUGAUGAUAUGGACAAAAAUAAAUUGAGAAAGGGAAACUCAGAGUGGUUUGGGUUGCAUUUCAAGAAGCAUCUUAUAAGAAUAUAUUUAAAUAAUCAAGUUAAGACAGAUCAACUAGGCUUCUAAAAGCAAAAAUAGCAUGCUUCUGGAGCUCAGUACGGAGAAGUAGAUAAAAAAUGCAGAUAGUUCAGCAUGGAAACCAGAGUUUAGUUAUAAUGAAGCAUAAUAGAACCAAAGGAUGUGGGUACCGACGAGACGCCGUAAUUUUUGCAGAUCAAAUUGUACAGAUAACAGGAAACUGCAUGAGAUUAAAGCAUUUAAAUUUCAUAACAGAAUUAUGCUUUCUGGUGAAAAAAAAAAACCUGAAUACUGAAUUUUUCAUCUUCAGCAGGUAAAAAUGUACCAGGAUUUUGUUUACUUGUUUAUUUUGUUUGAUGUUCUCUGUGUUGUAAAAUGAUUGUAUGAUGAUAAAACACUAAUGUUCUACUCGUGGAAUAAUGACACAUUACAAAUGUGUAUAAUUGUAUAAAAAUUAAACAAAGAUACAUACAGUUGGGGAAAUAAGUAUUGGACGUGUCAGCAUUUUUUUCAGUAAAUAUAUUUCCAUUGAGGUUAUUCACAUGAAGUUUUCACCAGACUUCAGUAUUAACUCAAGAAAUCUGGGAAUAUAAAGAAUUCACAACAUUAAAGUCCAUAAUUAAAGUUAUGUGUAAUAAAGUGGAAUUACACAGGAACAAAGUAUCGAACACGCUAAGAAAAGGCAGUUCUCCAAGGCAAGGUAAGGCAAGGAACCAGCUGAUAUCUGUAAGUAAUUACACCCCUAUCUGUGCAAAUUAAUAUCAGCUGGGUUAGUAAAUUGACGGUCUUUAAAAAGGCUUUUCGUUCAAUAUUUAUUUCCCCCACUGUAUAAUUUGUUCUGUUUGAAAUUGUUAAUGAAUACACACAUACACAUACACACACACAAAAGUUUUGAAAAUGGUGUUGAUAUUAUAGAGGAUUUGUUCAGGUGUCAGUUACGAAUUAAAUCAUGUGGGGAAAAUAAAACUCAUGAAACAUGAAAGUGUUGUUUUGUGAAAUAUCAAACCCCUCCCCAAAUCCCUUUGCGCACACACACACACACACACACACACACAAAUCUUUUUAGAUUUAAUUUGACGAAAAUGUACACGUUCUAUCAAACUCUAGCGUAACAAACUAACUACAUUUCAAAUGCAACAUUUAUUAACACGAAUAAUAAAGUGUGGUGCAGAUUAAACAUCGACCCGUUCUGUUCAGCACAGGAACGCUGCGCUGCACGGUCUAACCCAGCAGAUGUGGUAACAAUCACCUGGAUACCUUCUUGUGUUCACGAACACGUG